GGGGACCUGAUUUAGACGGGUUGAAUCCGGUUCUCUCUCUCUCUUUCUUUGAUACCUGGAGUGAACAUUUGGGACAUUUUGAUAUUCUGAACUUAGAAGGCUUGUCGAGGAAAUUGCGAUCCCUACAAAGAGAAAGUCGAGAUGCCGUCAGGGAGAGUUGGAGGAGGAGGUCCAAGGAGGAGAGGAGAACCAGGAGGAUUGACUAAGGCUGUACAAUCAGUGUUCGCGUUUGUUAAAUUCGCUGAGUUUGAGAUUCUGUUUGUUCUUUUCUUCCUCAUCGCGUUCAUCAUCUUUAAAGAUCUGACAUCAAGGCCAGAGUACAAUCAAAUCCUUGUGAAGAAGCCUGGGGGUAGUGACUUCUGGGGAAAUUAGAUUUGAUAUAUUUUAAUAUGCAUCUUCAUCGGUAUCCGGUUCAACCCAAAAAUGCAUAUUGGUGGAUAGUUUGAUGAAGAACUAGCUCUUACUUAACAGUAGAUAGGAAAUUGGUUUUAAAUCGGCAUGGAGGAGGAAUAGCAUGUUCACUAUGUGAAGAAUACUAGAAACUCAGUUGGUAAAGUUUAUGUUUGUAAAUAAUGGUGUGGUAUAAUGGGAGAUAUUUCGAUGAAAGCACCUUUUUGAGGAACUGGUCCAGUGGUUUUAUGUUUUAGGCUUAACUUUGAUCCAGAAGUAGCACUGUUGUUGAUAUAGAUGUUUUGAUUUUAAAUUUUUUUGAUUUUUCUUUUUUACUGGAGACAAUUUUUUUUCCGAUGAAACUGGAGAAUUGGUCAAAUGGUUGACAAUUCUAAAGUGUAGGGGUAUUAGAAGUAGUUUUACAGAUUUGGAUUACCUUGUCAUUGAAUUAUCUCAACCAAACAAUACUUUUUCUGAACAAGGAUUUCAAUUCCUUGAA